UGAAUGCAUGCGAACAGGAAGCAGCGCGAGCCCGUGAAUACUGACGCGCUGGGGAACGGAUCGCUACGCUUCUACGGACCCCCUUUUUCAUCCCUUUGAAGGGAUUCACGGUGAAAUAAAGGAGGCAAACGGAAUAGUUUGACCGAACGAGGCAAGAGCCAGUCCAUCCUCUUCUCUUUUGAUUUUCAAGACCCCCUUUGCGCUCGGUUGGUGUUUUUUUUUUUAAGAAGGGCGUGUGGUUUUCCGGAGAGGGAGCUGGUGCAUGUUGAAUACUGUGCGUUAGAUUUAAACGGUUCGGAUCGUCGCGAGGAAGGAUGGGUUGUACGUUAAGCACGGAGGAUAAGGCGGCGGUGGAGAGGAGUAAAAUGAUCGACAGAAACCUGAGAGAUGACGGAGAGAAAGCGGCCAGAGAGGUCAAACUCCUGCUGCUCGGUGCUGGGGAGUCUGGGAAGAGUACAAUAGUCAAACAAAUGAAAAUCAUCCAUGAGGCAGGCUACUCGGAGGAGGAGUGCAAACAGUACAAAGCUGUUGUCUACAGCAACACUAUUCAGUCUAUCAUCGCCAUCAUUCGUGCCAUGGGGCGACUCAAGAUCGAUUUCGGAGACGCAGCACGAGCGGAUGACGCGCGGCAGUUGUUUGUGUUGGCGGGGAGUGCUGAGGAGGGUUUCAUGACAGCAGAGCUGGCUGGAGUGAUAAAGCGUUUGUGGAAGGAUGGAGGAGUGCAGGCCUGUUUCAGUCGAUCCAGAGAAUACCAGCUCAACGAUUCAGCAGCAUACUACCUGAAUGAUUUGGACAGAAUAGCACAGGCCACCUAUAUACCCACUCAACAGGAUGUGCUGAGGACCAGAGUCAAAACCACAGGCAUUGUGGAGACGCACUUCACUUUCAAAGACCUGCACUUUAAGAUGUUUGAUGUCGGAGGUCAAAGGUCCGAGAGAAAAAAAUGGAUCCACUGUUUUGAAGGCGUGACUGCCAUCAUCUUCUGCGUGGCACUGAGUGACUAUGACCUGGUGCUGGCUGAAGACGAAGAGAUGAACCGAAUGCAUGAGAGCAUGAAGCUGUUUGACAGCAUCUGCAACAACAAGUGGUUCACGGACACCUCUAUCAUCCUGUUCCUGAAUAAGAAGGAUUUGUUUGAGGAGAAGAUCAAGAAGAGUCCGCUCACCAUCUGCUACCCAGAAUAUGCAGGGUCAAACACAUACGAAGAGGCUGCAGCCUACAUUCAGUGUCAGUUUGAGGAUCUGAACAAGCGGAAAGAUACCAAGGAGAUCUACACUCACUUCACCUGCGCCACAGACACCAAGAACGUGCAAUUUGUCUUUGACGCAGUGACCGACGUCAUCAUCAAGAACAACCUGAAGGAUUGCGGACUCUUCUAAAAGCGGGCUUGUAUCUGGUGCAAUUGAUGAAGCCAGUUUUGAUGUGCAUUUUGUUGGAGAAAGAUUGCGAGACUAAGUAUGGAGAAAAUUAGUCUUAAACCAGUGCUGUACAUUACGCCACUUUUGUCAGCUUUAUUUAUGGUUUUUGUCUUUGGAAAUUUUAAAAAGUAGCAUUUAAAAAUGAAUUGUGUCGAAUGUUCGUACAGUCGUUGCUGUCACGGCCAUGUUGUUUAUUUUUUCCCCAGACACAAUGGAUUUCUUUUUAUUUUGCGUUCUUGCAUCAGAGAAGUUCCCCUUUUCUUGUACAAUGUUACUUUUUUUUUGCCUUUGCGGUUGUUUCUAUGGGGAGAGAGGAAGAUUGUGCUACUCGAUCCAGUCUGUUGGUUCUCGUGCCUUCGCAUGCGUUUCUGCAGUCUUUGUCCAUUUGCUUGGGUUUGCCUGCUGAAUAUCUCUCCAACGUCAAAAAAUGUCAUACUGGAUUUUACUACUUUGAGAGCACAAAUCCUCAUAUGCAUUGAAUGCGAGUGUGAGAGAGAGAGAGAGAAAAGAGUGUGUGUGUGUUGGCGUGUAUCUGUUUGCGUGUUUAUGUAUAUAUAUAUAAUACGCCGGUGUAGAGAAAGCUAAUGGUUAAUGCAAUGAGCGGUGGUGGUCCAAACCUCUGGGUCUCCAUGGCAACAAGAGUAGACCAAACAGCCACUUCAGAUGGAGAGGAGUCCUGUUCAGCUGUCAGACGCUGAGACGCACGCAGGACUUGGAAUCUGUCUCUCAAGCACCUGUCAUCAGACACUGGCCGCCAUUUUAAUGGCUUAAUGCUCGGAGAAUGACGCGUUGCAGAGGAACGCCAUUGAAAGACAAAGCGACUGAGAAGGCUUUCGGGAUUCGGGGAAGUAGAAAAAACAAUAUGAAAAUGUCUGCAAGAAGACAUUUGAGGCAAGCGAUACUGUUGAUUAAUUCUGAAGAAAACUGCCACCUCUUGUCUGUGUGUUCUCCAUAUUGGGGGAACAUUUGUACACUCAUUUCCCUUAUUUUGCUAAUAAAAGGCAUUUACUUCCUGA